AUGGCAGCUUGUCAUUUCUAUAAAAUGUCCCUGCUACUAUUCAGCGCUGACGUCACUAGUGCGGGAUGGGACCUGUCGGUGAGCGUCGGUGCCGGAGCGUGCUGUUUCGCAGACGUAGCUCGUCGUGAAACAGGGAGCUCAGGCGCUUAUCCCGUGUCUCGUUCCGAGAAUCUGCCGCUGUACUUGAACAAAAGCCGGUGCACCUGGCAUCUUCCGCGACACCCUGCCCAGCGACCCCGAGCAGCAGUGCUUGCGCACUACAGCUCUACAGCGGGAAACCGGUACUCGGCAGCUGCGUUUGCACGAUAUUUUAGAGACCAGAGCGACAGCCUCUUCCACAAGACUGAGUGCACAGAGACGCGUACUUCCGUUCCUCCAUUCCGACAGAGGGCGCUUUGA